CUUUCACUCUCAUCACAAUGCCCAAAUAAACUCUUAACAAUAUCUUCGACUUUAGCUUAACUUUCUCACCACUUGUCACGCAAUUUCCUUUCGCCUACCCAAUUCCCCCUUUAUAAACCCUCAGUCACUCUUUUUUAGCUCACAAUUUAGUCCCCAAAGCUUCAAAAACUUCUACUUUUCUCUAUUGUUUGAUUAUGGCUUUAGAAGCUAUUAACUCUCCAACCUCAGCCACCGCUCCUUUCCGCUUCGAUGAUACUAAUUUACACUGCCUUGAAUCCUUUACUAAGCGUAAGCGUUCAAAACGACCACGUCAUCUCGACCAUGUUACCGCCGAGGAAGAAUAUUUAGCUCUGUGUCUUAUCAUGCUAGCACGCGGCGGUGGCCAACGAUUUCCAUCUCCAACCACCAUGCCGGAACCCACCUCGACGGAGGAGCAGAAACCGAGUUACAAGUGCAGUAUCUGUAACAAGGCGUUUAACUCUUACCAGGCUUUGGGUGGACAUAAAGCCAGCCACCGUAAGCUUUCCGGUGGGAACGACGAUCAGACGACAUCGGCGACCGGGACAGCCGGUGGGGUUGUUACAUCAUCCGGCGGGAAGUCACAUGAGUGUUCCAUCUGCCAUAAAAGCUUCCCUACGGGUCAGGCCUUGGGAGGCCAUAAAAGAUGCCACUACGAAGGUGGAACGGGUAAUAAUAACGCCGGCGCCACUGCCACCGCUAGCAGCGUGACGGUAUCUGAAGGAGUGGGGUCAACCAACACAAACACCAAUACCCAUAUCAGUAACCGGGAUUUCGACCUCAACAUGCCGGCUUUACCGGAAUUCUCGCCAGCUAAUUUCUUUGUUUCUGCCGCCGGUGAUGAUGAAGUGCAAAGCCCACACCCUGCUAAGAAGCCAUGUUUAUCGAUACCACCCAAAAUCGAAGUCAACUAAACAAUUUAAAACCCUCUUUUUAGUUUUAGAUAACAAUUCCAUGAAUUUCUGUUGUUUUUUUUUUUUUUGGUGAGACGAUUUUUUCCUGUACAUAGAGCUUUGAACAAUUCUUCAGUCUACUGUUUUUUUUAAUUAAUUAAUUAGUCGGCUCAAUUCAAUUAAA